UCGUGCGCCUGUGGGACUCGGCCGUGGAUGUGCUUAGAUGGUGUUUUAUCGUACGACGCGUUGCGUGAUUUAUUGAGUUUUUUACCGUCAUUUACAGUGCAACUAGAGUUAAUCUGUGCAAUAUGAUACAUAGUCAAGGAAGGAACGUAGAACGUAAAGAAAUAUAAUUAAAGGUGAACAGAAAUAGUAUAUGUAUUCGGCGAAAGUGAAGGUUCCAAGUCGCAGUGAACGAAACGACAACAAACCUGGUGAAGUGAAGAAGGAGGAGAGCCCUUUGGGUCAUCAUCAAGGAAGAUUUCUUAAUCGUUUCGAAUGGAUACACAACCUCUUUACUGAAUAAUUUUCAUCUCGAUUUAAGAAUUUAAUCUUUAUCUUAAGACGAGAAUAUUUCAUUUUGACUGUAGCUAAUACCAAUGUCGUGUGACUUUUUUUUAUCUCAUCUCCGGGUAUAGGAAGUAAGUUAGAUUAAUAAUGAGCGAUGAUAAAAAGGUAGGUGAAAAUUCCAGUAGUGAGGUUGUUAACCAGUUUCGAAGCUGUAGGGAUCUCAGCGAUAUCGUGCCCCUGUACGCGCCACGCGCGCUUUACUUAAAACCAGUUGCAAAGAUAAACGUUUCUGUUAAUCUUCCACAACUGAAAGUUUCAGGAAAAACAAUAUCAACAUGGGAAGUAAUGGAGAAGAUUCGUUCCUUUAUACUACCGGACGAGUUUGCGUCUCUGAAGGUAGCCAAGAGCACGCUGGAAUUUAUCAGAUUGGAAGGAGACCUGCAAGACAGAUGCAGACUGCAGCGUAUACUUGCAAGACUGGAUUCUCAGCGCCUGAAUCUCUCUGGAUUUUCGAACGUGUUGAAAGUCCGCGCGGCAGAGGCGAAGGAUGAUUUCCCAACGAGGCACAGUUGGGAUUCUUAUUUUAGAGACGCCAAGCAUAUGAACGAAUUGAAGCCUGGUGAAAGGCCUGACACAAUACACAUAACAGGCUUACCUGUUAAGUGGUUCACAGAGGAUGGUGCGACCGUGCCCAGUGAAUCCUUGAUUACCAAGAUCUUCAAAAAGUGGGGAACGCUAAGAAGAGUCGAUGUACCUGCUGCAGAUACUUACAGAUCUAGAAUGAGGCUUGGCACAAAUAUAAAUAAGUUCAGUUACGAAGAUGGGAUAUUUUUUGACGCGUACAUUCAGUAUGUCGAAUACAUGGAUUUUGUUAGGGCCAUGGACGCGUUGCGCGGUAUGAAACUUCUUAAAAAGGAAGGCGGGAAAGCUUUCACAGCUGCCAUGAAGAUUACAUUCGAUAAAACGAAACACAUGAGUGAUAGCUCUGUCGCGCACAGAGAAUUUGAAAGGAAACGUCUUAUAGCACAAGAUACAUUAGCGGCAGAACGACUUCGUAGAAAAGAGGAAGCGGAAGAAAAACGACGCGAAGAACUGAAGAAAAAAGAAGAGGCCGAUGCGGUAUCUAGGGAAAACAGACGAAAAAAGAGAGAAGAGAAACGCAAACGUAAAGCUAUAACUAUAUUUCGUAAAAAGGAGGAGGAUAAAGUGUCUCUUAAAAUUGCCAGAGAAGGACAAAAGUUAAUACGAGCACAGAGGCAGCUGGAAAGUAUUCGCCUUUUAGACGAAUUGUUUGAUAGAAUAAAGAUUAAAUUAGAAAAUAAUGAAAUCAAAAUAGACGAGGUAACAAGUACGGAUGCGAAAAAGGAUGAGCGAAAGAACAAUAAAGUGGAUGGCGCUAUAGAGAUCUUAAGCUCUGAAGAAGAUUCGAAGGAUGGAAAGAAAGACAAGAAAGGAAAAAAGUUGAAAAAGAAGAAAUCUAAGAAGGAGAAAAAGAAAAGGAAGAAACGUAAAAAGGGUAAGGAUUCGGAAAAUUCAGCAAGUUUAAGCGAAGAAUCAGGCACGGAAGAGCAAACGAAAAAAUUGAAAAGUGUUUUGAAACAAGACGUUACAUAUCCAUCGUCAUCGACUGCCUCGCCUAUGAAAUCUUCCUACCCGUUUCACCUUCCAUCUCUUUAUCCUCCACUUUAUCAUCCACGUCUUCCACAGCCGUGGUACUAUGAACCAGCUCUGCCUAUGAUUCAUCCCGCUUUACCGAGAAAUAUGUCCAGGGGCGGUCGUUUCGGCCGCGGAAGAGGCUUUGCUUAUCGCAACGCGGGAAAUUCUAGCUCCGUACAGACGUUCAAUCCUCAUUUAUACAACGAGCAGUACUAUAAGUACUUCGCUCAUCUAGUAGGUCAGGAUUAUCAGUCCUUCGCCUAUAGAAGCUCACGGUCACGUAGUCGUAAGAGGUCGUUCAGCAGAUCUAGGUCAGGAUCUAGAUCGAGAACACGGUCAAGAACCACAUCGAGGUCAAAGUCACGGUCUCGAUCUCGAUCUCGAUCUCGGUCUCGGUCACGGUCUCGUUCACGAUCGAGAUCAAGGCUUCGCUCAAAACCCCGUUCGAAGUCAAGAUCGAAGUCGCGUGGGAAAUCAAGAUCGCGGUCAAGAUCGAAAAAUCGAAGACGAAGUAGGAGCAGAUCGCGGUCGAAGAAACGACGAGGAAGAUCGAAGUCGAGAUCACGAUCGCGACGGUCAAGAUCCAAGAGAAAAUCACGUUCUAACUCGUGGACCGAUAGUAAACACCGUUACAGACGCAGGCGUGAUAGAUCUGCGUCAAAAGUAAAGAUCACGAGAGCCAAGUCUCGCAGUGUAUCACCGAAAAGGAGAUCUCGUAGUAGCACGUGGUCGAUGCCCAAAUCUCCCGGCAGACGAAGCUGCUCUUGGUCGAAGAGCGUGGAUAAGGAUGCCUCAAGAGAUAAAUCAACGCGUGAACAGAAUAAGGAAACCGCGGACAAAGGAGAAGCGCCACAAGCAUCUCACUUGGAGAACAUAACUUCAGACUGACAAGAAUCGAACUCUAUUUUUUCAUUUGGUAUCUCUGAUCCUGUCGCGUAACCGUAAUGUCGAUACUUUACAUGAAUUCGAUGUGAAACGUAAUAAUUAUCACUCGAGUCAGUAGCGUAUAUUUCUUUGAUAAAGAAAAAUAUAUAUUUUUAUUUACGCGAUGGUUUUUCCUAGUCCUGAAUGAUUCUGUAUAGUACACAGCAAUUUGUAAACGUAACAUUACGACUGUGUCGAACUAUGAAUCUGUAUAUAUGUUGCGAACGAUGUAAUCGAAAAACGAUUUAGAGUGUACCGCAUUUUUAUCUCGAAAAUAAAUAUGACAUUGAUACGUU